AUGUCAGCCCACGAGCAAAUGAGGGCAAUGUUAGAUCAACUGAUGGGCACCGCUCGCAAUGGUGAAACCGACAGACAUAGUGUCAAAUUUUACGAUGAUGCUGUGUGCAAAUCGUUUUUAUUACAAUGUUGUCCUCAUGAAAUUCUAUCCUCCACGCGUAUGGAUUUAGGUGAGUGUCCUAAAAUACAUGAUUUGGCUCUACGGGCGGAUUAUGAAUUAGCUUCAAAAACCAAAGACUAUUUCUACGAUAUUGAUGCAACAGAACAUUUAGAGGCAUUUAUAGCUGAUUGUGACCGCCGAACUACAGCAGCCAAACAGCGCCUUGCUGAAACUCAGGAAGAACUAUCAGCUGAAGUGACUGAGAAGGCAAAUGCUGUACAUGAGUUGGCUGAACAGAUUGGUCAGAAGCUAGCUCGCGCUGAAGCACUUGGAGAGGAGGGCAUGGUGGAAGAAAGUGUUAAACUCAUGGGAGAGAUUGAUGAACUCCGUAAGAAGAAGGCAGUAGCUGAACAAGAAUACCGCAAUUCUAUGCCAGCUUCCUCAUAUCAACAACAAAAAUUACGAGUUUGUGAAGUCUGCUCUGCCUACUUGGGUAUACACGACAAUGACAGACGUUUAGCAGAUCAUUUUGGAGGAAAACUUCAUUUGGGCUUUAUUACUAUUCGAGAGAAACUAGCAGAAUUAAAGAAAACUGUAGAUAAGCGACGUGAAGAGCGUGGUGCUUCAGAGCGUGAACGCUCAAGCGGCCGUCGGCACUAUGUUGGCGGCCGCGAGUUGGAUCGGCGAGCACGACGCCAUCGCGAGUCUGCGCGGGACCGAGACCGCAACAAAGAAGACCGUGAUCGUGACCGUAAGGACAGGGACCGUAGAGACGGUGACAGAGACCGUGAGCGCAGGCGCAGUCGGUCACGCAGUAGAAGCAAGCGCGACGGCUCCCGCGAGCGUUCUCGUGGUCGCGAUCGGGAUCGUGAACGCGAACGUGACUCGCGCCGCAGCCGCUCACAUCGUUCCUCUUCAAAAGAACGCAGACGCGAUUAG